CACAAUGUAGAAUUUUCUUCAAUAUGCGCACAUAUAUAUAUAUAUGCAUUUCCGAUAGCUAUAUAUAUAUAUGCCCAUCUCAGAUGUUCGAAGGGUCCGGCUCGGUAUACGGUCGAGUUUUUAAAGUAGCAGGAAACCAGGGAGAUGUAUCAAUGGAGAAAAUUCGAGUUUUUCGAGGAGAAGUACGCCGGGAAAUUGCCGUGCGCGGAAGAGAUAACGGGGAAGAUCGAGUGCUGCGCCGGCGGUAGAGGUAGGAUAGUCGUUGGCUGCGAUGACGGCACCGUUUCUCUUCUGGAUCGAGGCCUCAAGCUCAACGAUUCCUUCCAAGCUCACUCUUCAUCAGUCCUCUUCCUUCACCAGCUCAAGCAACGGAAUUUCUUGCUAACAGUCGGAGAAGAUGAGCGAUUAUCUCCUCAGGUAUCAGCUGCAUGUCUAAAAGUUUUUGACCUCGAUAAGACACAAGAAGAGGGGUCAAGUACAUCAACUCCGGAUUGUAUUCAAAUUUUGAGGAUAUUCACCAAUCAGUUUCCUGAAGCAAAGAUCACUUCUUUUUUGGUAAUAGAGGAAGCUCCUCCUAUUUUAUUCAUUGUUAUCGGUUUAGACAAUGGUUGCAUCUAUUGUAUCCAAGGGGAUAUAGCACGCGAACGUAUAAAGCGUUUUAGCCUCCAGGUAGAUAAUCCUUCUGAUAAAAGCCGUGCUUCCAUUACUGGCCUUGGAUUUAGAGUGGAUGGCCAGGCCCUCCUGUUGUUUGCUGUCACUCCUCAAUCAGUCAGCAUAUUCAACCUCCAGACUCAACCCCCUUCCCAGCAGACUCUUGAUCAGAUUGGAUCUUCUGUUCCUAGUGUUGCAAUGACUGACCGCUCGGAGUUAAUAAUCGGUCGACGAGAGGCUGUGUACUUCUAUGAGGUUGAUGGUCGGGGUCCUUGUUGGGCCUUUGAAGGUGAGAAAAAGCUUCUUGGAUGGUUCCGUGGAUACCUUCUGUGCGUUAUUGCUGAUCAAAGAACUGGGAAGAAUACUUUUUACGUUUAUGAUCUGAAGAACCGGUUAAUUGCCCAUAGUGUGGUCAUCAAUGAGGUUUCUCACAUGCUUUGUGAAUGGGGUAACAUAAUUCUCAUAAUGGAAGAUAAAUCUGUUUUAUGCAUAGGUGAAAAGGAUAUGGAGAGUAAGCUAGAUAUGCUUUUCAAAAAGAACCUUUAUAAUGUAGCUAUUAACCUAGUCCAGAGUCAACAAGCUGAUGCCGCUGCCACAGCUGAGGUGUUAAGGAAAUAUGGGGAUCAUUUAUAUGCUAAACAGGAAUAUGAUGAAGCUAUGGCUCAAUAUAUUCACACCAUUGGCCAUCUUGAACCUUCAUAUGUCAUACAGAAGUUCUUGGAUGCACAAAGAAUCUACAACCUUACCAAUUACUUGGAGAAGUUGCAUGAGAAAGGGCUUGCUUCAAAAGACCAUACUACCUUGUUGUUGAAUUGUUAUACUAAACUGAAAGAUGUUGAGAAGCUAAAUGUAUUCAUUAAAUGUGAUGAGGAUGCGGUUGGGGAGCAUAAAUUUGAUGUGGAAACUGCAAUAAGGGUAUGUCGGGCUGCUAAUUAUUAUGAACACGCUAUGUAUGUUGCUAAGAAGACCGGUCGACAUGAGUGGUACUUAAAGAUCUUGCUUGAAGACCUUGGUCGAUAUGACGAAGCAUUGCAAUAUAUUACUAGCCUUGAACUGAGUCAGGCUGGCGUGACAGUUAAAGAGUAUGGGAAAAUUCUUAUAGAGCACAAGCCUAUUGAAACCAUUGAGAUAUUGAUGAGGCUUUGCACAGAAGAAGGAGAAGCGGGCAAGAAGAUCUCCAAUAGUCUUACAUAUGUUUCCAUGUUACCAUCUCCCAUUGAUUUUCUCAAUAUUUUUGUUCACUACCCACAUUCACUGUUGGAGUUCCUUGAACAGUAUACCAGCAAAGUUAAGGACUCACCUGCUCAAGUGGAAAUCCAUAACACACUUUUGGAACUAUACUUGUGUCAUGACAUCGAUUUCCCAUCAAUCUCACUGACUAGUAUUGGUGAAAAUGGAAAUGCUAGAGAAGAAAGAACAACAGGAGUUAACGGGAGAAGAGAGUUAAAUAAAAAGGAGGAAAGUGAAGAUAAAAGACGCCAAGAAAGACGAAAGAAGGGGCUGUACUUGCUUAAGAGUGGAUGGCCUUCCGAAGAGGAACAACCACAAUAUGACGUUGAUCUUGCCAUAAUAUUGUGCGAAAUGAAUGGCUUCAGGGAAGGAUUGCUAUUUCUUUAUGAGAGGAUGAAACUCUACAAAGAGGUUAUUGCGUGCUACAUGCAGGCACACGAUCAUGAGGGUUUAAUUGCUUGCUGCAAGAGGCUUGGUGACUCGGGUAAAGGUGGCGAUCCUUCUCUUUGGGCAGAAGUAUUGAAGUACUUUGGUGAACUAGGGGAAAACUGUUCCAAAGAAGUGAAAGAAGUAUUAACUUAUAUUGAAAGGGAUGAUAUCUUGCCUCCUAUUAUUGUUUUGCAGACUUUGUCGAGAAAUCCAUGCCUUACACUCUCUGUAAUCAAAGAUUAUAUAGCUCGUAAGCUGGAACAAGAGUCCAAGUUGAUUGAAGAAGAUAGGAGAGCUAUUGAAAAGCAUCAGGAAGAGACAUCUACAAUGAGAAAAGAAAUCCAAGAUCUUAGGACUAAUGCCAGAAUCUUUCAGCUCAGCAAAUGCACUGCUUGCACAUUCACCCUUGACCUACCUGCCGUCCACUUCAUGUGUAUGCACUCAUUUCAUCAGCGUUGCCUUGGUGACAAUGAGAAGGAAUGCCCUGAGUGUGCUCCAGAGUACAGAGCUAUUAUUGAGAAAAAGAGAAGCUUAGAGCAAAGUUCUAAAAGCCAUGAUCACUUCUUCCAGCAGGUUAAAAAUUCAAAGGAUGGAUUUUCAGUUAUUGCAAAAUAUUUUGGGAAGGGGAUUAUCAGCAAAACUAGCCUCAACGGAGUUGCUGAUAAGUCAACUAACCUCCCGGUAACUGAGUUUUGAAUUUUUUUAUGCUCUCUAUCAAGUUCUGUUACACACGCUAUGUAUCUUGGAAUUUUUAUUGCACUGUGAUAAGAGAAGUGUGAAUGGUUGCUCCCUGAAUGAUGAAGCUAAAUAUGAGCUCCUGUUUGCUUUCGGGUCAAGAUAUUUGACACAAAAUUGCCUGACUGGAGAUAAGAUUUCUGGGUGCAUGUGAAAGUGUAUAAAUCUGCGUCAUAGUUGAAGUUUCUUCAGUUCACACCUACUUUAUGGUGUAUGAUAAGUUGGUAUCUAUUUACUGGUUUUGCUUGAAACCUGAAACUCGCCAUAGAGCACCACUUGGUUUGUAUUUGUCAUUUGAACUUGAAAGUGUGCAAUUUGUUGGCCAAUUAGUAUUCGGAUUCUUCAUGCCAGCAAAUUAUGUUUACUCUCCAAUUCUGACACGUGGGAGCUUUUGAAUGGUCGAUCUCUCUUUGUUAUUUCCUCAAACCUUUCCUCAUCAUAAUGAAAUGCUCUCAUGAAGUAAGAAAAGGACAGUGAGGUUGAAAUAAACAAAUCUCUGGAUUACUUUGGAGUUCGUUUUUCCCUCGCUUCUCACCUGUACUGAAAUUUGUUCGAGAUUAGAGUUUGUUUGACACUCGCACUUUACAAUUUGAAUUAGACUCCUUGUUCUCUUUUCUAACACAUUUUCCUUCAACAUGGCCAUGAAUGAUUAUUAGCCACGAUCGCAAAAGAUUCGUCCCGGAGCAUCUGUUAUGGUGCUUUAUGCUAUCAAAUAUACAUUGUUGCAAGAUGUUUUUACUU